UACCCAAAAGGCACUACUACUAUUACUAUACGCCCCGUACUCCCACCGCUACCCCCCCUGCACAUUCAUUCAGCAGGUUCCUUUGCUCUGCCCUCCACGACCCUAUCCUAGCCGAUCAUCCUAAUAUCACUAUACUAGCGUCACCAUGGGUUCCUACAGUACAUCCUCCUGUCAGCGUGGUCCAAAGUCCGGCGGAAGUUCAAGUUCGACCAACAGUGAUGCCUCGGACCGUUCGAAAAGCACGGCCCCUACGAUCUACAGCGAUCGACCCACUCCUAUGACGGGGGUCACGAUGGCCUUCGAUGGGGAGGACGACCCCAAAGCCUCGGUUACGACCUACACGUCCACCAAUCCCUCCGUUGAUGAUCUUCCUGAACCGCCGCGCUACCAGGUAACCGACCGUAAAUUGGAUAUCUUCUCCCCGGAUGUCAUCCCGUCAAAUCCGUCCACCUUCGGACAUUUGUUCCCCUCGUCACGACGGCUUCUGGUCCGACAUGACGAUGCGACGCUGGAUGGCAACAUGAACCUGCGGGUCGACACCAUGGUUCCGCAACGUGGGGGGUACCAACAGGACGUGACCUUAUUUCAUCUCCGCAUGUAUGAUCUGUUCUCGCGAAAAUUCUCAUUCCGUCGCUACAGCCGCGAUUCGGGACGAGAAGUAUGUCAUUCGGAAAGGAGGUCGGUGCCAGGCUCCGACAGACAUGCGGCCUUUCGAAAGUCGUGGAGCAGUGUGUUGGCUAGCUUGCGGCCUGGGUCAAAUGGACAUGGAUCUGUACCCGUUGCGGAACAUAGGCGCCAGGACUCAGGGUACAAAUUAGCAGAUGACAACGAUGAAGAGUGGGAGGACAAACAGUUAGAGACCAGGACUGGUAUGGAUCGCCAUCCGUCCGUACUCGCCGAGAGCACGUUGUUGGAGUUUUCCAACUAUGCUCAUGUAGAGCUGAGACGCCGAGGUGCCGGGCAAUCGAAGCGAUAUGAGUUUGAGUAUUGGUCCACGAGAUACCAAUGGAGACGGGAGUGCCGAAGAGAGGGCGACCUGCGGGAAUUGUCGUAUCACCUGAUCAACCUGCGCACCUCCAAGCCCGUCGCCCAUAUCGUACCCGAAAUCCUCGCUCCCAUGGAAGCCGUCGAGGAGGAGCGCAAGGGCGGCUGGGUUCCUCCUUCCUCCAUGUGGAUCAGUGAUCCGGCCGUGUACGAGAAGAUGCCUGACGUUGCCGAUGUGAUUGUUGCCACAGGGCUAGUGGUACUAGUCGACGAUUGUAUUCGCCGGAAAUGGCAUUCGAAAAAGCAUUCGCAACUCAUCCAUCCCGUGCGAUCAACGUUGUCGAAGAGCAUCGAGCUCAUGGGUCCCAGGCGGUUCCUUGAUGAGGUGUUCCAUCGACGGGGAUCAGCCUGAGCUGAUGUCUGGGACGAGUUGAACAGUGAUAUGACGUGGUGAUCCUUCAUUCGGAUGUUCGCGUCGGCGUCUCCCCUUCCUUGAAUCUAAGGAACUUAAUGAAACCCUGACCAUGGCGUCCUCACCCCUGGCCUCAAGGUCAUCUUGCAUAUUGGUGGGCCGACCAGGUGCUUUUGUCAACGGAGACAUGGGAACCGGAGGG